CCCCCCCGGCUCUGUCUGGGGGGAGGUCCCAGGCCCUGACCUUUGGAGCCACACAAUAAAAUCUAAACAAAGGGAUCACUUCCAGCAAGUGGUCAGAUAGGGAUUACCCAACUGCGCCGUGUACGCAGCUCCCACGCCGAGCCCUUACCUGUACGGCAGACAUGUCACCCCUGAAGGUGAUCCUCAUCAUGGCGAUCCUGUGCGCCCCACAUUAUACCUGGGGGCAACGGAAGAAGAAGCCCCCACCGGAAAGGCCGAUAGAUAAGAUCCAGAGCGUGGCCAACUUCAACCUCCAGCAGUUCUCAGGGACGUGGUAUCUCCUGUCGGUCGCCUCGGAGUGUAAUUACCUGAAGACAGAAAACCACCGCGUGGAGGCCACUAUGGCGAAGAUCUCGCCCUCUAAGAAAGACAGGGGACCGGAGACCAUGGCCGUCAGCACCUUCCGGAAGCUGGACGGAAUCUGUUGGGAGAUUAAACAUUCCUACCUGCCGAGCAAAUCAGAUAAGGGCAGGUUCACCCUUAAAGCCCAGGGAUAUAGCGGAUCGCUGGACAUGGUGGUGGGGGACACGGACUAUCAGAAUUACGCCAUAUUGUAUUACCAGAAGAAGAACAAGAUCACCCUCAAACUCUAUGGUCGUAAAACUUCCGUGAGCGACAGUAUUUACCUCAAGUUCGAUGAUCUGGUUAAGAAACAAGGGAUAGAUCUGGAGUUUAUCUACGCGUUCCCGUCAUAUGGAUUCUGCGAUUCGGCCGAUCAGUUCCACAUUCUCAAUGAAGUUCCAAGAUGAUGACGGCAGCCACUAGGGGGAGCCACUGCUGCGUAAUGUCAUCCUUCAUACCGAUACAAUCCUGCUGUAUAUAAUCUCCCCUGUGGGCAAUAAAGUUAAAGGAGAACAACUUCUA